ACAAUUGCAUCCGAAUUUUCAAAAUAUUCCAUUGAUAAAUGUGCCAAGUAAUCCGGCUCCAUCGAUAAACACACAAGUCAAUAUGGUUCCAAUAAUUAGUGUUACACCUCAUAGUCCCGGUACAAAAUACAGUAGUAUUUUGGAGGACUCAUUAUGUCAUCUACAAAAUAUACGAGAGAGCGUAGUUCAAAUGAAAAAUUCAACAGUUCCGAUGCAUCAUGGAUUUGUUCCCACGUCUUUAGUGCAAAGUGCAGUGUUAAGUUCAUCUCGUUUAUUUUCAUCUUGUCCAUCAUUAUCGGAUCUUUCAGCAAAUAAUUUAAGUUGUAGCAUUUUUUCACCACAACAACCAUUUUUCAAUUCUGAUAGAAGAAAAUCAUGGACUGGCAUUGAAGAUUUAACAGAGUGUUCACAUAAUACAAAAAGUUCUCAUAAGAGUGUUAGUCUUUCAAGUUUAGAUAGCGAAGAACAAGAAUCAAUUAGAGUCGCUGAACGUCAUAGAAAUAGUCGUAAUAGUACUGGUGGAAUUUCAACACAUUCAUUAAAUGAGGCUGAACUAGCGAGAGAUUUCGAACGUAUAGCAGCAAAAAGAAAUUUGGCACCGACAUUAAUUAGUAGAAUACCAUUACAAAAAAGUAUUUCAACUCCAUCAAUAGCUCCUUUACGUAUUCCCGGUGCCAAAGAAGAGACUACAAUAACAACUACCAGACAUCUAUCGGAUAGUGAAGAUGACCAACAAGAUGAUAGAUCGUUACUUUGUGUACGAGAUAAAAAUGAAGUAUAUGCUGACCAUCCAGAAAAACGAAGAAAACGUGGUUCACUGUUUUUCCGUAAGAAAAAGGAUAAAACAAAGACGAAAGGACAAUCGACAAAUUGUGAUGCUUGUGGAGCUACAAUUAAUUUGGCAACAGUUAAAGAUCAUGCUGCUGAAUGUAAAGGAAAAACAUCAAAAUUAUCAAAAUCAGGAUCUGGAAAAAAUAAAUCAAGUACAAGCGGAAAGAAAUUAACUGGAUGCUACUCUCCUUGGAGAUUGGUUGCUAACAAGCUAGGUGUGACUUCACACGCUAGCCAUACUUCGCAUCAUGAUGAUAACCGGGACUACUAUGAUGGUCACAAUGACAAUUCAAAUUAUUCUGAUGAUACACCAUUAAUACGAGUUGAAUUUUUAAAUGAACCACCGAUUGGACCUCAUGAUUUAGGAGCUGAUCCAGCAUUAGGUAUUGCCUUAGAUGAACAUGAUUCAUGGAGUCCUAGUGUGCCAAAAGAAAUUGUUAAAUCAUUAAAAGAUAAACAACAGGUGAAACGUCAGGAACAUAUAUAUGAGUUUAUAAUGACAGAAAAACAUCACUGCCAAACUCUUCUAGUCAUGCAGAAAAUUUUUGUUGAAAGUAUACAAAGGCAUUUUAGUCGUUUAAAUAUUGAAAGAUUAUUUCCAAGAUUAUCAGAAUUAACGGAAUUACACACAACAUUUUUGAAAAAAUUGAGACAAAAACAGCGUGAAAAUGCAGUUGUCGAUAGUAUUGCAGAUAUUUUAUUGGAUUUUCUUUCAUCAACAUCAGCUCAAAGAUUAAAAAGUGCUUAUGGUGAAUUUUGCUCAAAUCAUCGUUCAGCUCUGGAAAAAUUUAAAUAUUAUACUAGUGAUCAAACGUUUGCUGAAUGGUAUAAACAUUGUUUAACAAAUCCUUUAUUAAAAAAGAAAGGUAUACCUGAAUGUAUACUCUUUGUAACGCAGCGUUUAACAAAAUAUCCCCUACUUAUUGAUCCUUUAUUAAAAAGUUCAAGAGAGGAUCGUAUCGAACAAGAAAAAUUACAAAGAGCAAUGGCAUUAGUUAAAGGUAUAUUAGUUGAUGUUGAUGCAAGAGUUGCUGAAAAAGAAAAACAAGAUCGUCAAUUAGAAAUAUUUAAAAAUAUUGAUGUAAAAUCAUCGACAAUGUUUAAAAAUAAAAUAUUUAAAAAAGCUGAUGUUGUUGAUACAAAUCGUCGUUUGAAAUUUGAGGGUUUUGCAACAUUAAUGCAAGGUCGUUCCAAAAUGCAAAAUGUUAUGGUUGUUGUAUUAUCAGAUUGUUUAUUAUUUUUACAAGAAAAUUCUCAUAAUAAAUAUACAUUUUUUACUCCAGAAAAUAAAGCUGGUGUUAUAUCAUUACAAAAAUUAUUAAUACGUGAAAAAGCUGGUACUGAAUCCCGUGGAAUUUAUAUUAUUUCAUCAAAUCCAGCUUAUCCAGAAAUGUAUGAGCUUAAAGUUCAAAAUCCAAAAGAUAAAAAUGUAUGGAUUCAAGCUAUACGGGCGGCUGUUUUAGAAUGUCCGACCGAUGAUUUGGAAGCGGAUGAUCUAACGGCUGAAGAAAAACAAAGACUUAUAGAUGAAAAGCAAGCAACUAUGAGGGAAUUGAUAUCAAUGGGAAAUAGUGAACUUGAAGAUAAAAUGAGACAAAAGGAUAUUGAACAAGCGUUAUUAUUAGAAGAGAAAAUUUUGUUACAAUUAGCGUUAAUAAAGGAUAAGAAAAAUAUACCUGAAAAUGCAGUACCUAAAGCUGAAGAAUUUUUAUCAAAUUUUGGCUCCUACAAAGACUUAAUUACUGAUGACUGUGAUACCGUAGAAAUAUGGAAAAGAGUUUUAAAUACUGUUCAGGAAAUAAGCCAAUUGGCGGCAACAUUAUAUACGGCUGCAACAGGUUUACCUGUUUCUAGAUCAGUUAGCUCCGUUGGUGAAAAACAAAGUGAUACUUACUCAUCUCCCACAUUACCAAAGCGUGCAGAAACAUUUGGCGGUUUCGAUGAUAGACGUGUUAAUAAAACAAAUAUACCAUGGCGGGAUGCCGUUUUAUCAACUCUUCCGAUUUCAACAUUGCCAACAAGUAAAGACAAUCAAUUUUUAAAUAGCAAUAUAACAUCAUCGAGUGGUAGUGGAAAUAUUUCUGAAUAUGAUAAAAAUUUAAAUACAUUAACAGCAGCUCAACAUAAUCAAACGGCACAACAAAUAUCGUUAAAAGAUAAUAAUUAUGCUGCAUUACAAGUAUCACAUCAUUUGCAUACAUUAUUAUGUAUAAUAUCACAACAAAUGACAACAAUACAUAAUUUACAAGCUCAAUUAGCAAAUUAUCGUGAUAAUCCAAAAACAAUUUAUAAACAUAAUGAUCAAUUGGAAGAGUUAAGAAAUUUACAAGAUAAAUUACAAGAAGAAAAACAGGCUUGGCAAAAAGAAAAAGAACAACAGGAAAAAGAAUUAGAAGAACAACGUGUCGCACAGGAAGCACUACAGAAGCAAAUAAAAGCUGAACAAGAAGAUAUUAAACAACAACGUGAACAAUUAUAUCGUAAAAUGGAACUACUGUCAAGUCAAGGAUUAUUGGUGUCACCAAAUACAUCAAUUCCAAUACCAAAUAUCGUACAAACGAAUGAUGAUGGAAAUAAUCAUCAAACUUCAGAUGAUAUUCAUACCACACCAUCAGGUAUUUCUGUUGCGGAUGGUAGCAGUAGUUGUAUGCCAGAAAAGAAAAAAGAAAAAUGGAGAUCGACGUCAAUGUCGAAAGCGCCGCCAGCAAAUUUAGUAAGUGCGAAAAAUGCACCAAAAGUUAACGAAGCUAAUAUUAAACAGCAGAUACCAAUGAAAUUAUCAUCAUUAUCAAGCACUAAAACCGAUAAGGCACCAAAUUCUAGCAAUAACAUCACUUCACCAAAUAAUUCAAGUGGUGUCAUCACACAAAUGUUCCCAUUGAAAUUAGCUGAUAAAAAGAACCAAAAUAUGACUCCGAAUCAUGCCAGAACCGGUAGUAGUCCAGCGAUUAUCCAACAACCGCCACAACAAUCUGGUAAUCCAGCAACGAGAACGAACACUUAUCCAAAACUACCGGACCGAUACCGAUUAAGAAAUUCUGAUGCUGGUAUAUCACCCGGUACCGUUGCCCCUGGAACUGGAACAUUAACAUCACAAUCUAUUAAUAAUACAAAUCAAAUACCAGUAUCACAAUUGAUAUCUUGUCAAUUGUUGACACAACAACAGGUGCAACAACCCCCACCGCCACAUCCACCACGAAAUCCAUCACUAUAUACACAGUUAAAUACAAUAACAGCCUUAACUGCUAUAACGACAACAGCAGCAGCAAUUGGGACAAAUACAGUUUUAUCAACAACAAUACCAAAUAGACAGUUACAAAAUUAUCCAGCAUCUACUAUAAUCGGUAAUAAUAGUAUACAACAAUCACAUUUACCAUUGCAUCAACAACACCAACAACAGAUGCAGCAAAAACAAUCACAAAUAACUAGUAACAAUCCUACAACAAUAAAUAAUAAUCAGUCAGCAAUUGCGACAUCAUCUCAACAGCAACAAGAUAAUCAAAGAAUAACAAAACCUAGUACUCCUGAAGAGGAAGAAAUUUAUUUCUGAUAUAUGCCUCUGGAAGUUGAAAUCUAGAAAAAGGAUUUAAAACGAAAUGUAAAGGAGUAUUUUAUAUAAGAAAUUUAAGAAAUAAAGAAACCAAUUGUAUUUUAAAUUAACGGGCUAAUGUUGUUCAUUUUGAACUAUUGCAAAAUUAAAAAACUGCAAUGGCAAAGAGAUGACAACACAUAUUUUUUUUUUUUGUAGAUUUAGAAAAUCAAAAUCAAUAGUAAUCAUGAUAAAAAAUUGAAAAAUAAAACAAAAAAUAAAAAAUUUAAGGAAUUGAAACUAAAUAAAAAUAAUUAAAUUUUUAAAUUAAAUAAUAAUUAUAUUAAUUAAAUUUUAAUUCAAAUAAGAUUUAACAAGUAAUAUUACAUGAUACAUAUAUAUACAUAAUUAAAAUAUGCUUAUACGUUAUAUACAUAUAGUUAAAUUGUAAAACAGCAG